AUGUCUUUGUGGGGUCUGGUCUCCAAGAUGCCCCCAGAAAAACUGCAGCGAAUCUACAUGGACUUUCCCCAACACCUGCGGCACCUCCUGGGUGACUGGCUGGAAAACCAACCCUGGGAGUUCCUGAUCGGCUCAGAUGCUUUCUGCUGCAACAUGGCCAGCGCCCUACUCUCAGCCACGGUCCAGCGGCUUCAGACCACAGCGGGAGAGCAGGGGGAGGGGACCAACGUCUUGCAACAUAUCAACACCCUAGAGAAUAUAUACCAGAGGGAUCCACUGAAGUUGGUGGCCACUUUCAGACAAAUACUUCAUGGGGAGAAAAAAGCUGUUAUGGAACAGUUCCACCACCUGCCAAUGUCUUUCCACUGGAAACAGGAAGAACUCAAGUUUAACACAGUUCUGCAGAAGCUGCAGCAUCGAGUGGGGGAGACCCAAAUUCUCCGAGAAGACCUGAAGCAGGGGGCUGAGGCUGGCCAAGUGUCUCUGCAGAACUUGAUAGAAACUCCUGCCAAUGGGACUGUACAAAGAGAGGCCCUGGCAAGACUGCUGCAGGAGUCUGUGGCAGAACUGGAGGCAGCCCAGGCCCUGGUGUUGAAGAGGAUCCAGAUUUGGAAACGGCAGCAGCAGUUGGCGGGGAAUGGUGCACCCUUUGAGGAGAGUCUGGCUCCGCUCCAAGAGAGGUGUGAGAACCUGGUGGACAUUUAUUCCCAGCUGCAGCAGGAGGUGGCAGCCGCUGGUGUGGAGCUUGAACCCAAGACCCAGGCAUCACUGAUGAGCCGGCUGGAUAAAGUCCUUCGAACCCUCGUCACCAACUCUUUUCUGGUGGAGAAGCAACCCCCUCAGGUUCUAAAGACUCAGACCAAGUUCCAGGCUGGGGUCUGGUUUCUUCUGGGCCUGCGGUUCUUGGGAGCCCCAGCCAAGCCCCCGCUGGUCAGGGCUGACAUGGUGACUGAGAAGCAGGCAAGGGAGCUGAGUGUGCCCCAAGGGCCCAACACUGGAGUAGAAAGCAGCGGGGAGAUCAUCAACAAUGUGGUGCCGCUGGAGAACAGCAUUCCUGGGAACUGCUGCUCUGCUGUGUUCAAGAACCUGCUUCUGAAGAAAAUUAAGCGAUGUGAGCGGAAGGGCACAGAGUCAGUCACGGAGGAGAAGUGUGCUGUGCUUUUUUCCACCAGCUUCACACUGGGACCCAACAAACUUCCCAUCCAGCUCCAGGCCCUGUCUCUGCCCCUGGUGGUCAUCGUCCAUGGCAACCAAGACAACAAUGCCAAAGCCACCAUCCUGUGGGACAAUGCUUUCUCUGAGAUGGAGCGAGUGCCAUUUGUGGUGGCUGAGCGGGUGCCCUGGGAAAAGAUGUGUGAGACUCUGAACCUCAAGUUUAUGGCCGAGGUGGGGACCAAUAGAGGACUGCUCCCAGAGCACUUCCUCUUCUUGGCCCAGAAGAUCUUCAAUGACCACAGCCUCAGCAUAGAGGCCUUCCAGCACCGUUCUGUGUCCUGGUCACAGUUCAAUAAGGAGAUCCUGCUGGGUCGGGGAUUCACCUUUUGGCAGUGGUUCGAUGGUGUCCUAGACCUCACCAAACGCUGUCUCCGGAGCUACUGGUCAGACAGGCUGAUCAUUGGCUUCAUCAGCAAACAGUACGUUACUAACCUUCUUGCCAGUGAGCCUGAUGGGACCUUCCUCCUUCGCUUCAGUGACUCAGAGAUUGGGGGCAUUACCAUUGCCCAUGUCAUCCGGGGCCAGGAUGGCUCUUCACAGAUAGAGAACAUCCAGCCAUUUUCAGCCAAGGACUUGUCUAUCCGUUCACUAGGGGACCGAAUCCGGGACCUUGCUCAGCUCAAAAAUCUCUACCCCAAGAAGCCCAAAGAUGAAGCCUUCCGGAGUCACUACAAGCCUGAACAAAUGGGCAAGGACGGCAGGGGUUACGUCCCAGCGACCAUCAAGAUGACUGUGGAAAGGGAUCAACCGCUUCCUACCCUGGAGCCCCAAAUGCUUGCUAUGACGCCCACUUACGAUCUUAGAAUGGCUCCUGAUUCUUCCAUGAGCAUGCAGCAUGGAUCAGAAAUUGUGCCCCCAGUAUACUCUUCGCACUCUCACCCCAUCCCAUAUCAAGCCCUCUCCCCAGAACAGGUGGAUGUGGUGUCAACCUUCCAUGAAGUUCACAUGUCGAUGCCCUCCACCCUGACCCAGAUGAGCCUCCCCUUCAACCAACCCCAGGGCCUGCUGCCAUGCCAGCCCCAGGAGCAUGCUGUGCCCACCUCUGAGGCCAUGAUCAGCACAGAUGUGACUAUGGAAGAGAACUGCAUGAGCCUGCCUGUGACAAGGUUCCCUCCGGACGCCUGGGAUGAUGGAAACAUAUUCCCUCCCCUGCUGCCUCCCACUGAACAGGACCUCACCAACCUGCUCCAGGAGGGUCAAAGGGAAUCCACUGGGGGCCCUUUGGGAUCCCAGCCUCUCCUGCAGCCCUCUCCCUAUGAAUCUGGGAUCCCAAUGCCCCACUUGGACCUAAGGGCCAACCCCAGUUGGUGA